UUGCUCGAGGAAAAUGUUGAGACUCAUCACAGUUUUGGUUUGCAUCGCCUUCACACGAGCCGCUCCAUCCAAAAUCGUGAAUGGCACAAACGCCGAAAAAGGUGAAAUUCCUUACAUUGUUUCUCUGCGAGUUGGUGGACGACAUACCUGUGGAGGCUCAAUUCUAAACGAGAAUCACGUACUAACCGCCGCCCAUUGUUUGAGCAACCGCAAAUAUUCGAUUCAAUAUGGCGUUCUUCAGCUAUCGUCCGAUAACACAAAUAGCAUAGACGUUGAAAAGAUCAUGCGUCACGAAUAUUACGAUCCGUACAAUAGACACGCUAAUGACGUCGCUGUACUUAAGCUCAUGUCUGCCAUUCCAAUUGACAAUGUAAACGUGAGACCUACCACAUUGCCCAGUCAAGCAGAGUCGGCACCCGAUGGAAAUUGGGGCGUACUAGCCGGGUGGGGCGCUGUGAUUACUGGAGGUGGAGCCUAUAAACAAUUACAAAGGGUGGAUAUUUUGGUUUACUCCCCAGCAAACUGCCGAGCUGCCCAUGGAAAUUCGGUAAAUGAAAAGUAUCACCUUUGCGCUGGAGUUCCAGAGGGAUGGAAGGGUCAGUGUAGUGGAGACUCGGGCGGACCUCUAGUAGCCGAAGGUAAACAAGUAGGUGUAGUCUCCUGGUCGAUCAAACCCUGUGCGGUUGUUGGAUAUCCUGGAGUCUUCGCCAGAGUUGCUUCUUAUACUGAUUGGAUUUGGUCUAAAGUUGAUCUGAACUAAAUAACUCUUCAUAUUGAAGAAAUAAAAUUUAAAAUAAAAUAAAAAGUACU